CGCCGCCCCUGGGGCUCCUGCCGUCGCGCCCCGAGGGCUGCGGGAGGUCGCUGGCUGGUCCUGGCACCGGGUCGUCGCCACGCGUGGACCGCGAGGGUCGGAGAGACUGGGGGCUCUGCGCCUUCUGCUUCCUCCCCGCACGGAGUCACGUCUGUGACUCCAGAUUGUCCGAGGCCCCGGGAGAGCUGCCUCCUUUCGCUGAAAAGAGUGGGUGCUACCCUGGGAAGACAGCCUCCUGUUUGCGGGGGACCUUACAGAUGCUUCCUCUCAUCCUCCCCCCCACUAGCUUUGAGGCAUGAAGGUCGACAUCAUGGACAUCUGCGAGUCCAUCCUGGAGAGGAAGCGGCAUGACAGCGAGCGGUCUGCGUGCAGCCUCUUGGAGCUGAAUGACAUCGAAGCUGUCGAGGCUCUUGUGUGCAUGAGCUCCUGGGGUCAGAGGCCCCGGGCAGGCGACCUGUGGAAGAUGAGACCCCUCACGCCUGUGUCUGACUCUGGGGAUGUCGCCGCCCCUCUGCUGGUGGACGAGGCCACACCCGAGCUGCCCAAGGACCUCCAUUCCUUGUCGACGCUGUGCAUGACUCCUCCUCAGAGCCCUGACCUCAUGGAGCCAUUGGCGAGAACACUCGUUCCUUCCCAAGCACCUGAUUCCAAAGCACGCGUGGCCGUGGCCGUCCCCCCGGCCUCUGCGGGGGCAGCCAGCGCCCUCAGCCGGAGGGAGGAGAGGAUCCUGCCAGGUUUGAAGCCAGAGUGGCUGCAGCCGGCCCCUGGCGCCCCCUGCAGGGCUGUGGUGGCCAGUGCCACCCACCACGCCCUGGGGAGUCCUGCUCCCGGCCACAGUCCUGCCUCCCAGCCUCCAGACCACAGGGGAGGAGCAGCACCGCUUCGGGGACACGCAGAAGCUUUGCGGGACGCGCACCCCAGAGACACUCCCCUCACCGUGAACUCAGGCCCCCGUCCGCCUUGCUCCAAGAAGUCUGGAGACCGGGUCCCCCCCGACCAAGGCCAGCAGGCAGGCCGGCCGGUUGCGGUCCCACCCUGCUCACCAAAGAACUGUGAAAAUGACCUGCCCGGGAACACCGCGCCUCUCAUUUCUGUCCCCGUCCCCAGCCCCCCCGUCCUUUGCCAGAUGGUCCCUGUGACUGGACAGAGUGGCGUGUUGCCGGCAUUUUUGAAGGCACCUCCCCCCGUCUCCGCCGGGACUGUCGCACCCAUUCUGCCCCACGCUGCUCCAGGGCCCCAGCCGGUGCUCAUGGGACCACCUGUGCCUCCGGGAGCUGUGAUGCUGGUGCUGCCGCAGGGGGCGCUCCCCCAGCCCGCCUCCUGCUCCCCGGCAGGUGUCAUGGCUGCGGGGAAUACCAGGUUGUUGCCUCUGGCCCCGGCCCCCGUGUUCAUCGCCACCAGUCACAACGGGGCCCCUCAGGCAGACUUUUCCCGAAGGAGGAACUAUGUUUGCAACUUUCCAGGCUGCCGGAAAACCUACUUCAAAAGUUCCCACCUCAAGGCUCACCUCCGCACCCACACAGGGGAGAAGCCGUUCAGCUGCAGCUGGGACGGCUGUGAUAAGAGGUUCGCGCGCUCGGAUGAACUGUCCCGCCACCGCCGGACGCACACCGGGGAGAAGAAGUUCGCGUGCCCCGUGUGCGACCGGCGCUUCAUGCGCAGUGACCACCUGACCAAGCACGCCCGGCGUCACGUGACCACCAAGAAGCCACCUGGCUGGCAGGCAGAGGUUGGCAAACUGAACCGAAUCGCCUCGGCAGAGAAACCCAGGAGCCCGCUGGAAGUAGACCGUGGGCACCGAUGUUGAAGCUGUGAGCACAGGCCCUCGCUCCACAGCGCCUGCCCCUGGCGGCACCGAGAAUCCAGGCAGCAGAACGUGCGAAGGAACGGAGGGAUGGUGUCCAUUGUGCCUGGUGUUCAGAGUUUGUCUUUGCCUCUUGGGGCCUGGCAUUUACCUUUAUUAGAAUGAUGGUAAGGUGAGAUGUUGAAUAAAUAUAAUGAGGUUCGUGCAAGAGAACACCCAUUAGAUGCAUACAGCGCCGGUCCUUUCUCUCCCACUCAUACCUUUAAAUCAGCAUGAACACCGCUGUGUGCAUGUCCGAGGCGGCAUUAAGUUUGGGUAUUUCCCCUCAUUAUGCAAAACAAUGUUAGUCCUGCCAGUGUGGUGGCGGAUCCCACAAGGUGGAGUGCUUGCUCGCGCGUCACACGGAAUGUCAUGCUCUGAGCAGCGUUUCUAAGGAGACGGCUGCCCGUGGUUUUGAUUUGCGCUUCCAUUCCUGAUCGGAUGUAGAAAUGCCUCCUGGAAACACUUCCUUUGCCUUCUGUCUGUCCCUGAAAGACGGCAAGUUGGGAAACAGUUUUGUCUGAAGAAUUCUGUCCUGAGAGCCACCCUUGGUUGGUUCCAUGUGGAGCCCCGCGGCAGGGGCUCUGGGCGCCCAGGCGAAGCCUCCCCCCUCCUUCCCCCCUGCGGCCCGCCCCCCCCCCCAGUGCACUUUACUUCCUGAGCACUUUUGCUUGAUCUUUGUUGACUUUGAGCCUUUUACGUGGUUUCAGUAAUAAAAUUUGAAAUGUCUUGGAAUUAUGUUUCUGUACCACCAGACUUUGACGUCUUAUUUAAAUGAAUAUGUGUGAUGUAACUUUUUUCUUUGAUUUAAGCAUAAAACUUCUUUGAUUUGCAAACUG